GGUCUAAGGUUCUCUCUCGCUCACUACCCACUUCUUAGUUCUUACGUCUCAUGUUUUUAGGUUAUAUUUUCCUCUGAAAUAACUUACCUGAUUUUGAAAUAUUAUCACAAUGUCUCUUAUUGCUGGUUUUUCAACAGGCGCUGAAUUAAUGCCUUCUAUUAGGAAUGUUAUACAAUCAGCAACACUUCUUCACAGAGGCAUUCACACAACUUCGGUGGUACAUAGGAUUCAAGCUGGUAGAUAUAAACGGACUCCGAGAAGAGAAAAACCAUUGACUUACGAAAUGGCUUGGCCUCCACAAGCAAUUGGUCAUUUCAAAUCAUGGAACUCAUGGAAUACAACCAACCUGAUGGGCGGCCUGCGAGCGUCAGAAACAGCCAUUGAGGACGAAUUCAUGAGACGAUUCAUGACUGGCACCUGGCACAAUCUGUUUGUUUCGGAAAUCAUCAUCAAAAGACAGCAUAACAUGAUCAGGAUUGCGGGAAUACUGCGAAGAGCGAUAUCGGCUCAGAAAAUGUACUUCUUGAUUGGUUACACAGAAGAACUUCUAUCCUAUUGGCUGCAGUGUCCAAUUAAACUGGAAUUACAAACUGUGGAGGACAAAAAAUCCGUCAUCUUCAAAUAUGUUUAGUGACCGUACCUGCUCAUCGUCGACGUAUUGGAACGAGAUUGUGCGAUACUCUAUUAUUUUCAAUCUCACACGGUGGAAAGAGAAGAAAAAUUGUAAUUAGCGAACAUGUUUUAUCAUGUUGUGUUCUCAUUGCUAGAACAAUAUGAAACUCAUGGCCACAGGUGAUUCCAUAUCAAUGAAACAGUUGAUCUCGGAUACCCUUACUAACAGCAUCUAUUCAUAUUUUUUAUUGUUAUUUUCAACAAAUAAAGAAAUUAUUGCGUCCCAUGUUCCUCUCCUAUUUUCCUAUAUAUGGUUCCUAUAGUUCUCGUAUAUGGAAAACUCUCAAUAUCUGUUUCAAAAAAUAAAAAAGUUUCAUUCUCGAUUAAUUAAUUGAUGUUUUUUUAGAAAUUUUGAUUUUCAUAGAACAAACAUAAAAAAUAGUAUGUUUGAUUUUUUCGGUUAAAAAAUUUCCAUUUUCUUCAAUAUUUCGACUUUUGAUUUGAUUGUUUUAGAUUUAAUUCGUUUUAGAUGUUCAUUUCAACAAUUCUUGAAUUUAAAAAUAUAUAUUUUCUAGCGUAAAUUGAUUGAUUCAAUGUGAAACAAAAUCUUGCUUCAUUCGGACUUUAUUGAUCAUAUAAAUUAGAGUAGAAACAAACAGUUUUGGGCUUAAGCCUGUUGUAUCUAAAUUUGUAUGAUUGUAGAUUAUUGAAUAAAUGCAUCGCUCUACU